AUAGAAAAACUUAAGAUUUUCGUUUAGCAUAGCAUAACACAUGUACUUCAUCACAGAAUAAUAAGUAUAAAACGAUGGACGAUCGAUUAGAAGAAAUAACGCCAGCUCUGAGUUCGCCAACUGGUAGUGUGCUGUCACAGGAUGACUUCCAUAGGCUUCUUUAUGAUUAUUUUGAGGAUAAAGGGAUUUUGACGGAUCUAAGGGCUCACUUGAGGACGCAAAUGAUAAAAAUAUUGAAGGACACCUCACUUGGAACUGUGAUAACCAACAAGCAUAAGGAAAUCUCACCAAAGAGUCAAGCUCUGAAUUUACUGAUAGCAGAGUACAUGCUGCAGAAGCAAUACCACUAUGCCUUGUCAGUAUUUACAACUGAGGUACCUUUAGGCCAAAUAUUUCCAACAAUUAAUGAUGAAAUCAUGGAGUAUCGGUUUCCUGAAAAUGAUAUGUGGGAUAUAUUAGAGACAUUGGGAAUUAUUAAGAAUUCAGAACAAGGUAAAACUAUUUCCAACAAUUAUACUAGCACCAAUGAAGAAUCUCUAUUGAACUGCAUUCUUAAGACAAUGAGCAUGAACAAAGAAUCAAAAGCUAAUUUAAAUAAGCUAAUUAAAGAUAGAACUGAGGCAGAUUUACAGAAAUUUGUGGAGAUACUGCAGAUAGCUGAGAUAUCACCAGAAAUCACAUUGCAGAUUAUUGAUCACUUGAAGACCCUAAUCAAAAUUGAGAUGCAUCAAAUUAAGGAGAUCAAGAAUGAUGAGGUGAAUAAAAUAAAAAAGGACCUAGAAGAAGAAUGCAAUAAAAAAGUUGAAAAAUACAAGAAGAAGUUGGUGCAAGCUGAAAAGAAUUUUGAGAAAGAGAAAAAGAAGCUGGAUGAGGAGUUAGAAAGUGCAAAAUCGAAUUUAAAAAAUUGCGCACAUUCUCUUCAAUUCAAAUACAAAGAUUUGCAGAGCAUGGAAGAGUCUCUAAGGGAAAAGGAGAAAAAACUUCUGAUGCAAGAGGAUAUUCUAAACAAUAGAGAAAAUGAAUUAGCAAAUCAAAGAGUAGAAUUUAUUGCUGCUAGCAAAGUAGAUAAGAGCCAGCAAACAAUGGAGUCUGUAAAUAUGGAGAAUGCAGUUCUGAAGAAGAAUGUGCUUCAGUUGCAGGUAAAAGUAAAUGACCUGUGUGAUCAGAACAGGACCUACUUAUCCAGGAUCCAAGAUUUGGCAGUAAGGACAAGCACAUUAAUGAGGGAGCUGGAAGACUCGCAGAUUAGGGUGCAGGAAUUGAAUGGCAUUCAAAGGAGCCAAGGUUUGUUUCCACCACCACCAUCACUUGCAGCUCCAUCUCUAACAACCUUAAGUAGUAGAACGAGAUAUGGAAUAGCUUCAUAUAGUGGAGGUGGUGAAGAAGGUUCAACAGUAACUCCAUAUUCUCCAAGACACUUCAACAAUCUUUCACAUCAUAAAGAUGUUAAAAAAAGACAUGCUAAAAAGAAUGAGCAUAAAGUAAAUAGUAGCUCAGACGAGAUUAGCCCAACUGAUGCUAUUUUAAAUGAAGCGAAACAACGUCUGCAAGUACUGGAAAAGGAGAGUGAUCAGAUAGAUAAACACUUCCAGGAUUAUAACAUGAGAUCAGCCCAGCCCAGUACGAACAAGAUAAUGAAGGACUUCCAGAUAAACGUAGCCACGAUCCGGGACAAUCUGUCUAAAUUAUUCAACAACCCUGGAACAUCCGCCAGCCCGACUUUCCAAUUCGUUCGGGGCAGCAAUGAAAAUUUAAUGUACAACAAAACGGAAGACAGGAUGAAAGUACAAAAUUUAAUAGCGGAUCUGCCGAUCAAAACAGCAUCCGACUACGAAUUCGUCAUAAAUAAAAUAGAACCGGAGAAUACAGGUGGAGCGGAAUCCGGCCAAUCGAGCGCUUUGAUUCUAGAGACGUCUCUGUCCGGUGUAGAAAUGACCAGUUCAGGAAUCAAGAGUGAUUCCGAAGAAGAUGUAGUGAAAAAUGGUAAGUGUAAAGGAAAUUAAAAUCAAUUGUGAAAUUGUAUUUUAAUAAAAGCGAAAGAAUAUUUUCAUUGCUGGUAAUUCAUUUAGGUGAUUUGGAAAACGGAUUUGACGUGAUUGGUGUGCCUUGCGUUCUAACGUUUCUAUUAGUACUAUUCAUUUGGUAUCAAAAGUAACAAACAGAAACUGCACCUUUUAUGUAUGCAUUUUUUUUUUCACAUUUAUUUCGUAGAAAAAUAGACAUAAUUUACAAAACAUGAAAGUUAACAGAAGACCUCAAAGGAAUUAUUCAUUGUUUCAUUAUUAUUUAUUUUUGUUGUUUGUUUUUUUAUUGUAAUAAAUUCAAAAUGUAACCUGGAGUUGAUUUUAUUGACGAGCAGCUUUAAAAAACAUAAAUAUAUAUCUUUGGCUAAUUAAUAUAUAACUGAAUUUCAUUUUUAAUGAAACAAACAUUCAAUGAUCAAACACAAAUUGCUGCAUAAUACUUUUCUCUCCAUUUACUAUAGAGAAACAGUCUUGUCUUUUUUUAAUAUAUAAUUUAAUUAGGAUGUUAGACAAUAUAAAA